AUGGAGACAGCACUAGCAAAAACAUCAGAGAAAAGGCAAGUCGUUUUUCUUACUAUAUUGCUGCUUUUGUGGGAGGCUGCCUCUGAGGCGAUUAGAUAUUCCAUGCCAGAAGAAACGGAGAGUGGCUACUUGGUGGCUAACCUGGCAAAAGAUCUGGGGUUCAGAGUGGGGGAACUGGCCACCAGAGGGGCACAAAUCCAUUCCAAAGGAAACAAAGAGCUCUUGCAGCUGGAUGCUGAGACCGGGAAUUUGCUUCUGAGGGAAAAACCAGAUCGUGAGAUGCUGUGUGGGGUGACAGACCCCUGUGUGCUGCACUUCCAGCUCAUUCUGGAAAACCCUGUGCAGUUCUUCCAAACUGACCUGCAGAUCACAGACAUAAAUGACCAUUCUCCAGAGUUCCCUCACAGGGAAAUGCUUCUAAAAAUCCCUGAGAGUGCCCAGCCAGGAGCUGUGUUUCCUCUGAAGGCAGCUCAGGACUCUGACAUAGGGAACAAUGCUGUUCAGAACUACACAGUCAGCCCCAACCUCCAUUUCCAUGUGGUUACUCAGAGUCGCGCUGAUGGCAGGAAAUACCCUGAGCUGGUGUUGGACAGAGCCCUGGACAGGGAGGAGGAGCCUGAGCUCACUUUAACCCUCACUGCUAUGGAUGGUGGGUCUCCACCCAGGUCUGGGACCACCACAGUUCGCAUUGAAGUUGUGGACAUCAAUGAUAACGCCCCUCAGUUUGUACAGUCGCUCUAUGAGGUGCAGAUCCCUGAGAACAGCCCUCUCAAUGCCUUAAUUGUCACGGUCUCUGCCAGGGAUUUAGAUGCUGGGAUGAAUGGGAAUGUAGCCUACUCUCUGUUUCAAGGCGGCGGUGGAGUUUCUCAACCAUUUGCAAUCGAUGAGGUCACAGGAGAAAUUCGUCUGAGUGAUGAGUUGGAUUUCGAGGUUAAUAGUCGUUAUAGCAUAGAAAUCGCAGCCACGGAUGGAGGAGGCCUUUCGGGGAAAUGCACUGUGUCUGUACAGGUGUUGGAUGUGAAUGACAACGCCCCAGAACUGAGUAUCAGAAAGCUUACAAUUCCUAUCCCAGAAAACUCCCCAGAGACUGUAGUUGCUGUUUUCAGUGUUUCUGAUGCAGAUUCCGGGGACAACGGAAGGAUGGUGUGUUCUGUUCAGAAUGAUCUUCCAUUCCUUUUAAAGCCCACAUUCGAGAACUAUUACACUUUAGUGGCAGAGGGGCCACUGGACAGAGAAAGCAGAGCUGAGUACAACAUCACCAUCACAGUCACUGACAUGGGCACACCCAGGCUCACAACCCAGCACACCAUAACAGUGCAGGUGUCUGACGUCAACGACAACGCCCCCACCUUCACACAAACCUCCUACACCCUGUUUGUCCAGGAGAACAACAGCCCUGCUCUGCACAUAGGCACCAUCAGGGCCACAGACUCAGACUCAGGCUCCAAUGCUCACAUCACCUACUCUCUGCUGCCCACCCACGACCCGCAGCUGGCCCUCGACUCGCUCAUCUCCAUCAAUGCCGACAAUGGGCAGCUGUUCGCGCUCAGGGCGCUGGACUACGAGGCCCUGCAGACCUUCGAGUUCCACGUGGGCGCCACAGACCAAGGCUCUCCUGCGCUCAGCAGCCAGGCGCUGGUGCGUGUGCUGGUGCUGGACGCCAACGACAAUGCGCCCUUCGUGCUCUACCCGCUGCAGAACGCCUCUGCACCCUGCACAGAGCUGCUGCCCAGGGCGGCAGAGCCAGGAUACCUGGUCACCAAGGUGGUGGCAGUGGACCGCGACUCUGGACAGAACGCCUGGCUGUCCUUCCAGCUGCUCAAGGCCACAGAGCCCGGGCUGUUCAGCGUGUGGGCUCACAAUGGCGAGGUGCGCACCUCCAGGCUGCUGAGUGAACGCGAUGCUCCCAAGCACAGGCUGCUGCUGCUGGUCAAGGACAAUGGAGAUCCUCCAAGGUCUGCCAGUGUCACUCUGCAUGUGCUGCUGGUGGAUGGCUUCUCUCAGCCCUACCUGCCUCUGCCAGAGGUUGCGCGCGACUCCGCGCAGGACAAUGAGGACUUGCUCACACUGUACCUGGUCAUUGCCUUGGCUUCUGUGUCUUCCCUCUUCCUCUUGUCUGUGCUGCUGUUUGUGGGGGUGAGGCUGUGCAGGAGGGCCAGGGCGGCCUCUCUGGGUGGCUUCUCUGUGCCUGAGGGACACUUUCCUGGUCACCUGGUGGAUGUCAGCAGCACUGGGACCCUGUCCCAGAGCUACCAGUAUGAGGUGUGUCUGAGGGGAGACUCUGGGACUGGUGAGUUCAGUUCCCUCAAACCUGUGAUCCCCAACCUGUUGCUUCAGGAUCCUGGGAGAGAAGUUAAGGAAAGUCCUCACUGCAGGGACAGCUUUGUAUUUAGUUAAUUGUUGUAUCUGGUUCAGUGAAUUUAUUUUUGACAAAUCUGUAGCAGAAUAGUUCUCUUAAGAAAGUGAAUCAUUUUAUACAAGUAUUGACAUUGUAAGUGAAGCAUUUGUAUGUCCUCCAUUUCUAAUUUUUUUCUUUCUUGGUAUCUACUUUAGCAGUUUCAGAUGUAGUGAAUAAUGUAUAUUACGAACACAAUUUCUCUAUUUCACCUUAUGUUUUACUUUAGCUCAAUAUUACACAACAAAAUGUAUUUUACUUUACAUGUUGUGGGGUUUUUUUUGCCUGUUUGGUUUUUUUUGGGGGGGGGGCACGUUCUUCUUCUUCUUCUUCUUCUUCUUCUUCUUCUUCUUCUUCUUCUCCUUCUUCUUCUCCUUCUUCUUCUUCUUCUUCUUCUUCUUCUUCUUCUUCUUCUUCUUCUUCUUCUUCUUCUUCUUUUCUGAGACAGGGUCUUGUGCUAUGUAGAUCUGGGUGUCCUAGAACUCACUUUGUAGACCAGGCUGGCCUCAAGCUGAUAGACAUGCAUCUAUCUCUGUCUCUUAAAUGUUGGCUACUUUACCUGGUUUUAGUAGAAAAUUUCAAAUUUUUAUGGCCAAUGUGUUUACAUCUUUCUCACUUUAAUUUUUUGCUAUUAGAAAUUAAUUAUAGGACCUCUUACCUGCUAACCAUAUAUUCUGAUAGUGAGCCUCAUUAAUAGCUGAAGGUUCUUACAGUUACCCUGAGUAACCAUUAACAAUUGGCAUACUUGUCUUCCAAAUUAUAAACAUUCACUUAUUAAAAUAUUUAGACAGUAGAAUUGUGGCCAUUUUCUUCUUAUGUGAACCACAUAUGUUAGAGAUUGUGUGCAUUAUUUGUCUACCACAUAUCUAGCACAUUGUUCCUUAAAUAUUAAUUUUAACAAUUUCAUUUAUAAAUAUUAAAGGGAUAACCUUAUAUACUAAUAAUUUGUCAUUUCAAUCACUAAACAGUGUUCCAGACUGAGAGUAUAAUCAAUGGCAGACCAUGCAUGCAUGCCAGGGCCUAGGUACACUUCUAGGCACCAAAAAGCAGCAAGCAAACAGAUACAAAUCAUAUCUUAUUAAAUCAUUGUACAUAAUAGUGUUUGAAAACUAAUCUGAAUAACUGAAGUAAAGACUGAAAUCCUCUGAUAAUCAAGACUUUUGAUGGUCUCAUUUUAUCCUUUUGUUCUAGAAAUAAAAGUGUAAAUGGA